GUAAAAUAUAAUUACAUAUUUAAUUGAAGGUUAUAUUUAUGUUUAUUUUAAUUUCACUGAUCAUACUAAAAUCUUCUCGCAUGAUUGUCUUCAAUUCUAAAAAUUGUAUUUUUUAUAUGAACUACAUUUGCUUUUCGUAUAUUAAAAAUUAAUAUAUUUGCGAGAUAUAAGUAGUACAUUGAUGAAAUUGUAACAGUCGUUUUGUGAUAUCUAGCUUAUUAUAACUUAGAUUCUCUUCAUAAAUUAUUUGUUAGGAUAUUUAUUUAAAAAAAAGACAGUUAGAGAAGAUGGAAGAGGAACGAGGAAAUGUAGAAGUUUCAUCAAAGGUUAAAGAGCCAUUACUCAAUGUACCAAAUCCAAGAGCUCUUCAACAAACUGUUCCUUCUCUACCUGGUCAAUCAAAGUAUAUACAGCUGCUUAAUGUCAUAGAAGAACUUGGUCACGAGGUUAGACCUACCUAUGCUGGCAGUCGUACUUCUAUAGAAAAAAUUAAGCGUGGUAUUGUACAUGCACGUAUCUUAGUUAGGGAAUGUUUAGUUGAAACUGAAAAAAGCGCUCGUCAAUAGGGCAAAAAUUUAAAAUAAUUUUUACACAUAAUAAUCUGUAACUGACCAAGUACUCAAGAAGUAUAGCGUAAAAUAUCUUAUAUAUUUUUUGCCAAAGAUGAUACUGCAUAUGCAUCUUAAAAGAUGAAAGAAUCAGAUAACAAUUUAUCUACCUCAAACUUCAAUUUUUAAUUGAACAAAAAGAUCAUUAGUGUGAAUAAUAGUCAUUAAUUAAACAUAGGAAGUAAUUUUAAUUAUUUUUUAAAAACUCGUUUAAAAAAUUAUGCAUCAUUAUAUAUUUAUUUUAUAAAGUAACAAAUUAUUUAUUCCUUUUUAUGUUAUCAAAGAAAGUACAAUGGAAGUAGCCAUUAGAUGCUAUAGUUUAUUAGUUAUAAGGUAAUUAAUUUUAUGCGAAUAAUGAAUACAUAACAUAUUCCAUAGCCGAAAUUAUUCUUUUAUAUAUAGCCUCUGAUAAUAAUGACUGAUUAUUGAAAUGUAUCUGAUAAUGCAUUUUAUAUUAAGAAUGAAGAAUGUAUGUAUCAAUUUUACAUAAUAAUUUUAAAGCAAAAGUUUUAAUUACGUUAUUGAUAGUACAAAUAUAUUACUCAAAUGCAAUGAAGGUAAAUAGAAACUGAUGAAAUCAAGUUACAAAGAACCAAUAUAGUAUUAAAUCUUAACAGUAUAUAUUUAGAAUAAGAUUUGUAUGAGUAUAUUGUGACGUACUUAAAUAACUAUGUGUUAUGAAAAUAUUUAAAGUGAGAAGAUGAAAAGUUCCUAUAACAUGUAAAUGAUCUUUGCUCAGAAAUGUAUGAAUUUACUAUGUAUAAGAAAUGAUGAUCAUGUCUUGUUCCUAAAAAUUAAUUAUGAUAUGAUCUCAAUAAUAACAACACACUCAGACCAAAAAGUACAAGUUAUAUGUAUGUCAAGUUUUCAAUGCAAAUAAAUAGAUCAAAUAGGGUUUUUAUAAAUAUUUAUCACAAUUUUUAAACGUUUAUUAAUAAUAUUUAACAGAAACCAACUUCAUAUCAAAUGUUUUCAAACAAAUUUUUAUCUUUAAUAAGAGUAAUAAGAAUAGUAAACAUAAUUGGAAAUAGCAAUACAACAUUACAUACAAAUGUAAUUGCGUGCAACCUUAAAAAUUUUGAAUUUGUAAUAAUUUAAAUACUGUAUGACGUAUUUAUAUAUAGUUUUCAUUAAUUGUAAUAUUUAUACAAAUAAAGAUUUUUGCGUGUGAAUUCCAUAA